GGAUUAGUACAGUAUUAGUUUAUGGCAUUGGCAAAAAAUCCAGAUUGGCCAUAUCGGAGUGUUAUCUCUGUAGCGCAGAUCUGUUUAUACUCGGCUCCCUCUCUGUUUGCUCAAUGCAGAUCAUCAGCACAGAUUCUGCACCCAGUGACAGCUGCUCAACUGUCAGUUUUCUCAUGGUUCCCCGAGCACCUGCUUGCAGGUCAGCCAAGGUGUUGUGUGUAUAUAAACCCAAGCCUCCUCUCAGCCUCAGCAUUCCCAGCUUCUCCAAAGCUCCAUCUCUUGGUAACGUCGCUCUCCCUGUAACGAUGAAGGUCUGGUUUCUACUCUUCGCUCUGAUUGGCUGGUGCCAUGGCCAAGUAAAGCUAGGUUCUUAUAACCUAGAAGCUGAUCUUAGCGUGUCCGGCUUGUCUGCUGGCGCUUACAUGGCCAACCAGUACCACCUUGCCCAGUCUAAUAGAAUGGUGGGGGCUGCGUUUUUUGCUGGAGGUCCUUAUUACUGCGCCCAGGGGAACAUGAUCAACGCCCUCAACACUUGCAUGAAAUUACCCUACGGCAUUAAUAUCAACACCCUGAUCAGUAAAACUAACAGUUACGCCACCUCCAUGCUCCUCGAUCCCGUGUCCAACCUCGCAGGCCAGAAGGUCUUCAUCUUCUCCGGCUCCAAAGACACAGUGGUUGUCCCAGGGGUGGUAAAGAAGCUGGAAGAGUAUUACAAGGCUUUUAUAACCAGUCCUGGAGCCAUCAAAACAGUCUAUGACAUCCCGGCACAGCAUGGCAUGCCAACCGACAGCUACGGCGGCUCCUGCGGCUUAACCAAUCUAGAUUACGUCAACAACUGCAAUUAUAAUGGGGCCUAUGAAGCCUUAAACUUCAUCCAUGGAAAUCUCCAGAAGCCAAGCAGCUCGGCAUCACUCACUGGGCAGCUAACUCUGUUUGACCAGUCGGAAUAUUUCGGCGGUUCUGCUGCUUCCACCUAUGCGAUGGACACAGCUGGAUAUGUAUACGUCCCUUCUUCCUGCCAGGCCGGGGCAAAGUGCAAACUUCACAUUGUAUUUCAUGGAUGUCUCCAAGGAAGAGAAAAGGUCGGGGACCGAUUUGCCAAAAAUGGCGGUUACAACCAAGUGGCGGAUCUGAAUGACUUCAUUGUCUUGUACCCUCAAGCCAAGUCCAACAUGUCUAACCCCAAUGGAUGCUGGGACUGGUGGGGAUUCACUGGAACAAAUUACGCCAAUAAGAACGGCUCUCAGAUGGUCGCUAUUGAACGGAUGAUGCUGCGGACUCUCGGCGAAUACUAACACGGCUGGUAAAAACCUGCAAAAACUAAUUAAAAAUGACUCCGUCUGUUACA